CCAUUAUUAUAAACCGGGUUCCCUAAAGAGAAAACCCAAUUUCUCCACAGGACCCUGCCACCCCUAGUUUCGCCCCCUUGCCAAGGCAAGCUGCCUCGGAUCUUCCGCAUCUUCCAACAUACUUCACUUUAUUUGCGACCUACCCCGGGCCACCGCUCUUCCGCCGACCUCGCCCUGUCCGGCUUCCUCUGCGUCCGUCCGCCGCUGCCGCACUACUCAGCCAGGUACCAACCCUGUAUCUGUGCAACAUAUUAGUGAGUGAUAUUGUUCUUAUUAUCUGCAUAAAUAAAUAAUGGAGGAGUCAGAAAAGAGGAGGGAAAGGCUAAAGGCAAUGCGAAUGGAAGCCGCUUGUACCGAGGGUGAAGCUGAGAACUCUACAGGUGUGAGCUCUGGCCAUGGCUUAGCCAACCCACUACUGGUUGAAGAUCAGACUGCUCAACCUGAGAUUUCUAAUUUGAGACCAAGAUUUGACUACUAUACUGAUCCCAUGGCGGCCUACUCUUCAGACAAGAGGAACAACCAUAUCCCUCAAGCUGUCUCACAGCCUGACUUCAGACCACCAAGACCAGCGUUUUCAAACGUUUCGGGUUAUCGUUCCCAAGGAAGCUACGUUCCAGACCAAAGGCCAUCGCGGCCAUAUGUUCCAGCAUACCACCACCACACCUUCAGUCCUCCUCUAGGGGGGCACCCUAUGCACUAUAGGGGCCCGCCACCACCAGAAAAUAAUCCAAAUGUUUGGGCUAGCAGCCCUGGUGGCACACCUAGUAGCAACUUCUCACCUAAUCCCGUUAGAUUCAAUAACAUUACAAACCAUGGAUAUGGGCCAGGUGGGCCUGGUUAUGGACGAGGAAGAGUGAGCAGUCUCCGGCCUGAUUCAGCACGGGUUCCAUAUCAAAACCAAGAUUCUGGAAGAGGAUGCAAGGGUGGUAGAUGGCAAGGUAGUAAUGCUGCUGCCCGUAGUAGAGAAUGUCGAUAUUAUAACAAGUCAAUGAUAGAAGACCCUUGGGAGGAAUUGCAGCCCACCAUUUGGAAGAAGAUGGCAGUAAAUUCAAGCCAGGGUUCAUCAUGGCUUCCGAAUUCCAUCAGCAGUACGAAAAAGGCUAGGGUUUCAGACGAUCCAGUGGUUAUGUUAAAGCCUCAGCAAAGCCUUGCUGAGUAUCUUGCUGCCUCGUUUGGUGAUGCAGUUGACGAGGGGCGUGUAAAUGAUGAGUCUGGUGCAUAAGGAUGAGCCAUAUAAUAGUCUUGGCGUAGUUUUUCUGAGUAUUUUGUUCUCAUCUAUGAGGUCCCCCGCCUAUUGUUAUUAUGAAUGUGAGUGUGAAGUUAAUAUUCCAAAUUCUGUUGCUCUUAUACAUUCUCUCCUCUAUAUGACUAUAUAGGUUACAUUUCACUCUUGAAGGCAAUGAACUUAUAUAUAUGUGGAUCAUAAAUCAAAGAUA